ACUGCCUAAUUUUGAACUAACCCAAAGCAUAGGGCUAUUUUUGAAAAAGCCCAAAUUCUCAGUGUCCCCCUCUUCAAGAAACCUGAAAGUAUACAAGCAGAAGAACAAAGCAAGCAAACCAAAACCUGCUUUCGAUCUCGAAGAAGGUUUCUUUGAUUUGAAACAUGGGCGACAGUCAGUAUUCGUUUUCUCUAACUACUUUCAGUCCUUCUGGGAAGCUUGUUCAGAUUGAGCAUGCCCUGACGGCUGUUGGAUCCGGCCAAACAUCUUUAGGAAUCAAAGCUGCUAAUGGAGUUGUCAUUGCCACUGAGAAGAAACUACCUUCUAUUUUGGUUGAUGAAACCUCUGUUCAAAAGAUUCAGACCUUAACUCCUAACAUUGGCGUUGUUUACAGUGGCAUGGGUCCAGAUUUUCGAGUUCUAGUUCGAAAAAGUAGGAAGCAAGCGGAGCAAUAUCACCGAUUAUAUAAAGAGCCAAUCCCUGUUACACAGCUUGUUAGGGAGACUGCUGCUGUUAUGCAGGAGUUCACUCAAUCAGGUGGUGUUAGGCCUUUUGGAGUUUCAUUGUUGGUUGCGGGAUUCGAUGACAAAGGUCCACAAUUAUAUCAGGUUGACCCAUCAGGUUCAUAUUUCUCUUGGAAAGCUUCAGCCAUGGGGAAAAAUGUUUCUAAUGCAAAGACAUUUCUUGAGAAGAGGUAUACAGAGGAUAUGGAACUUGAUGAUGCUGUUCACACAGCAAUUUUGACAUUGAAGGAAGGGUUUGAAGGCCAAAUUUCUGGCAAAAACAUUGAGAUUGGCAUAAUUGGUGCGGACAAGAAAUUCAGAGUACUUACGCCAGCUGAAAUUGAUGAUUACUUGGCCGAAGUGGAGUAAGUUGCAUUUCAUGUAUCGAAGAAAGUGGCAUUAUUGCUCUAUGAUCUUUCAAUAGUUAGAUUUUGUGAGAGAUUGAAUCUGGUUGACCAAAGUGCUGAGCAAGCACAAACUAUAAAUUUCAGUGACUGAUAAUGGAACUGUUUGUAAUCAGAAUGACAAUGUACUGGGCUAAAAGCAUUUCAAAUUUUUUUUU